ACUGGAAGAAUACCAAACUAUAAGGUCACGACAUUGAACGAUUUAGAUUUCUAAAAGGCGGUUAACGAACUAAACGGCUGCGGUGCCACUGUUUCACUCGGCGUCGCUGCUGAGGAUGCAGCCAGUGGGGUACCUCGGACCCCCCUUAAAUUCCCCCUUAUAAUCAUUGCAAAAUUUAUAUGGAACUUUGUAAAAAAUAUUUUUUGCCCACUUCAUAACACUCAACUAGGUAGCAGUACUUAUCACCGCUUGAAAAUGGAUAAUUUAAAUUGAUAAUUUAUCGUUGUUAAGAGAUUUGACCCCCGCGCAAUGACGUCACGAGUGAUUGUGCCACUCAGUAGUGCAUGGAGAAGCGGGUUUUAAUGCGACUUUUUCCCGAAUGUUUUGUCUCGUUGUAAAGUAACUUAUCAAAUCAAAUGUGCCUGGCCUUAACUGGCUUCUUUUCAAGCCAAGAGCAUUACAUAACUGCGGGUGGGAUGGGGGGCGCCUGCGCAUCCAGUGAAUGCACCUACCAACUCUUCUAGCUUGCUAGUUAACGCUAGCAAUCUUUCCCAGUAGUGCCAGCCAAGCAGUGUAUAUAAUACUAUUGUACGUGCUAGCCAAGCUAACUUUAACUAGCAAACCAGCGACGUUAAUAAACCAUAAACGCCAGCAACCUGUGCCUUUUAUUAAUAACACGGUCCUCAGCUUGUAGUGUCAGUGCCAUCCAUAGACAAGGAUAGAAAUAAGUGUUUUUGUCGUUUUACGCAGUCACUGCACUGCUGCUAAAUUAAUAUGAAAUUUGUCCAUUGAGCUAGACAGUGCUAUAUGUGUGUAUAAGUUGAUGCGGCGACCACUAGCCCCACAAUACUGAAUUGUAUUGAAUACCAUUUGCAUUUAACGGGUAUUGAAAUUGAAAUGAAUGACUCGAGGCCCCGCGCGCUUGGUAACUAGCCGGCUUUUAUCUUGGAAACGCGUGCUGCAGAAUUAUGAAGUAUUCCGAGUGGCUACUGCAUUAAAAAAAAAAAAAGAAAAGAAAAACUUGCAGGCCUUUGCUAUGGAGCUACCCGUUUUGAAGCUCGUUUUUUAAUUUAGCAUUUUAAUUAUAGCCGCAAGACAAAUCGGCUCAACCACAGCCAAAAAAUAUAUAGCUUCCAUGCUAGCAGUAGUUAGCAAACCUAGCCACCUGGGUGCUAUAUUGCUGUUCUCGUGACGUGACAUGUUAACGUCCCACACGUUUGUAUUUUUGUUUACUAAUUAACUUACAUACGUAUUGGAAGUCAUCUAUCUUUACCGCGUUCAAUUCCAGGACGACAUAACAUAACAUUCCCAUAACCUUAUAUAACCAGCAGUGCUAGCCUGCUAAUUUAUAGCAGUCCACUGAUAGUAAAGUGGAAGGAUAUGUAACUCAGUAGCUUGUUUCAUGAAUCAUAUUACCAACCGCUCCUAUUUUCGCUUCCUCAGAAUAUGUGGAGGGGACCCUAAUCUCAGCAUCCUGGAAGUAGAAAGCACGGAAGAUCUGUGUCUCACACCACAAACAGGUGCAGUGUGUAGCCAGGGCAGCACAGAGGGAGGAAGCUCUGGGGGGGAGGCGGUGCAGCAGUGUGCCCCUCCGGCUGUGGAUGUGCUGGGUGGCGACCCCCAGGCUGCACAGAAUGUGGCUGGGGUGUCACCUCAGCAUGCCCUGCAGCCGGUCGCAGCUGCCCCCCUCCCAGUCCCACCUCUCACCAUCCCGUCCAAGGUGCCACCACCAGAGAUCAACGACUCAGCAUUCUUCGGCGUGGAGAAGGCCCCUUCAACCACCUCAUUUGAGACUCUUCCGGUCAGUGCAAACGCUAAGGACGGCCUUGUGGAGGAAGGGCCCACGGUGGAGAGCGUUGCCGAGGGUGUCAGAGGUGGAGGAUCCUUGCCAGCAUCUCUCACUGAGGACUGCAAUCCCUCUGCUGAGAUGCAAAGGGUCCCAGCUCCCUUUGUUCCUCCUCCUCCCCCCUCAGACACACAGACCGACAGCACAGCACAAGAGUUGCAUUACGGGUCACAAACUGAUAAAGAGAAAAGCCACUCAGAUAGUCAGACAAACCAGAUUCAGCCACCAGGAGAGAUUGGUGAACUGGUUAUUACUGGGACAGAGGAGGGAGAGCCCUUCUCAGACAGAGACACAUUGGAAUAUACACCAGAGACUGGAACAAACGAGGAGCUUGGUGGAAGAGAGCACACAGUCAAAAAUAUCCUCCCACAACCUCACUCUCAAUUCUGCUCCACCUCCUCUCCUCCUGUCCUCCAAUCCAGUGUUGAUUUUACAGUCAAAGACACCACAGAAGAUAGAGGUAUGGAGCAGUCCCACAAGGAUCCUCUUGCUCAGGCAAAUCAAAGCAGCCAUAUACCUCUAUCUGAUUCUGUGGAGCAGCCAGGUGGUCACCAAAACUCAAAACCGGCUCAACUCUCAGUACCUGUAUCUGACAGUAGUGAGAGCAAACAAACUGACUUCUCAGCAACUCAGCUCAAAAUCAUCAGACAGCUCUCAAACAAUGCUGGAGAGACACAGGGAGAAAAUGCCGUGGAAUCAAUUGAGAUACUUGAACAUUACAAAGAGCUUGUUGAAAUCUCUCACAAAGAAACACAACCAGCUUCUUCUGAAAUGGUUGAGGCACCAGAGGCAGGAGAAACAACCUCUAGAGUCUACGCUUGCCCGGGUAAGGGAGUGUCCAGCAGCACAGAUGGUGGAGAGGAGAGAAAUGACAACGAGAGGAGCUGUAAUCCAUCAGCAGGAGAGCCGAUGGAGACGAGCAAGAAAGAGGAGCAAACACACACGUCUGCUUCAUCAUCUAACUUUGCAGUGCUGCCAGAGUGUUCGUCCCUUCAGGAGAGUUCAACAGAGCCCCUUUCAUUUGAUACAGACCUAGCAGACUCGAGGCAGGUGGAGUUUGUCGAAGCAGAAACAUCUCAUCCUCCUGACCAAGCCCUCACAGUAGAGACUCCGCUGAUCUCUGAGCUCAUGCACUCAGCCGAUGGUCCAGGCAUUGUGAUCGUCAGGGAAGAGGCUCAUAUCAGUGGAGAUUGGUCUGACGUGCAUCUAAAUCAGAGUUAUCUCUUACAACAGGAGGAUGGCAGUGUCUGUCAGGCUGCUGUUGUGAAUGAACUCUCUACUGGAGAACCAAAGCUGUAUGGAGAUGGUGUUCAGGCAGAUAUUGAGAUAGACUCACAACCUGUAGAAAUGUAUGAGAUUUGCGAACUGGUGGAGGAGGUUGCUGAAGAAACAAUCUGUGCCAGUAGUAGUGCACAGUUACCCCACUCACCAGGCUACGAAGUGAACUUAUUCAACCCACUACUAGACCACACUGACGAGUACACUGGCAAAGAGGAACUAGAUUCACACCUUGAAGCUCCUCUUCACACAAUUAAUGAAAGUACCAGUGGCAUAAAUUCCCAACAGGCCUUCUCUUCAUCACAUGACUCAAAUGAAAUGGAGGUUUGCUCUAAUAAUUCCCAUAUCAUGCAAAACACAAUGAUAGCUGCUGUGGGGCAGCAUUUGGUAUUAGAAGCUAACCAAGCUGUAGAACUGACUGACUCAACUGAGGUUUGUUUAGUCCAAACGGCUACCGAUGUACCUGAUUCAUUCACCAUUGAACAGACUAACACCAAUGCACAGAUUGUGGAACGUUGUCUGCAGACCGAUACAGCAGUCUCAGACCAAACAAAUGUUAGUGUUUCCCCUGUAAUUCACACACUUCCCACAACACAGGAAGCAGAAGCAACAACUGCUUCAUCGUCCCCUGUUUCUGCAAAAGAAGUAGUCACUGGAGAGGAGAUAGAGAUGGCCUCGUCCCUUGACACUUCAGUAACUGUUUCCCAUCUAAAAAAUCAUCCCUCUCUGAAACAGUCCCCAGGAGUCACUGUUGUAAGUGCCACAAAGCCUGAGGCCAGUGUUUCUUCUUAUGAAGGGACCAAAGAAAAUCCUAAUUUGAUAGAAAGUCCAUCACAUAAAGUUAAGAAUGUUCCUGUGACCACAGAGACCAAGCCAGAGGCAUGCUGCUCCAUGCAGUUCCCCGGUAUUUUAAAUCCAAAGCUCCUAAUUCUUAAACAGGGAGAGACUCCUCUCCUGAAACACCCACCCUCCCUUUUGGCGCAGGUGUCCAAGCAACAGAAUGCGGCCGGUAUGCUGGCCAGUGCCCAUAGCUCUAGGUCUGGCACGGUGUCUGAAGAGUGCCUUCCCCAAACUGUCUCAGCAGCAGACUCUGUACAUGAGUCUGUGGCUGUUAGCAGCCAGAAAGAUCAGACGCAGUGCUCUGUCAAUAAAACUUCUGCCACAACACCUCCCACCAAGGCUCAGCAGCCUGUGACAACCAACAGCCCAUCCCAGCUUUGCCUGUCGGCACCUGCCCCCCCUAAAACAUCACAAAGCAAAUCUGACAAAGAGGCCUUAAUUGCAACUUUAAUGUCAACAAGGGAAGCAGAUGCUGAACCCCAAAAUAUUGUUACCACUAAAGAUGCUAACCCACCUAGUAAGACCCUUACCCUUGAUGUGCCCUUGGCAUCAGUGGGAAGGGCAGGUAAAGAUCCUGUUUCCUCUAGUCUUAAACAUCCUGUCAGACAGUCUGACCCACUCUGUCAGAGUAUGGAGGACGAGGGUGAGGAGAUGGAGCAGGGCAGGCCGUCGGGAGAAGCAGGGUCCCGGCAGGCCAGCAGUCCAGAUGAGGGCAGCGAUGAAGAACCUGAAGCUGACAAAACUCAGUGUGGGAUGACCACCCCCAGCUCGACACACAAGGUACGCCAGUGGAUAGCAGACAGGGUCACAGUGAGUUCAUCUCCUGUCUCACCCUCCACUUCCUCUCCGUCCCCUGGUCCCUCAUCCACCAGCGAUUGGUCUACCCCCCGCCGGGAGAGGGCCUCCCCUCUACGCGGUCCCCAUGGCAAGUUCCUCUCUCCUUCCUCUGUUGGCCCAGGUGUCUGCUCUUCCUCCUCUUCUCCGCCAGACCAGACCACUCCUCAUCGACCCCGUGGGGAGCGACACACAGACAUGGCGGAGCUGGCAAAACAUGAAGCAGACAUUGAGCAUCGUACCCAGGCAUUGAAGCGAGAGGGCUUCUGGUCAAUGAAGCGUCUGACCCGCCUGACAGAGCCAGUGCGACCCAAAGUCCACUGGGACUACUUGUGUGAAGAGAUGCAGUGGCUUUCUGCAGACUUUGCCCAAGAGAGGCGAUGGAAGAGAGGAGUGGCUAGAAAGGUGGUGCGGAUGGUGAUGCGACACCAUGAGGAGCUUAGGCAAAAAGAAGAAAAAGCCAAGAGAGAUGAGCAUGCUAAAAUCAGGAGAGUUGCCUCCUCUAUUGCAAAGGAAGUUCGAGCCUUCUGGAGCAGUGUUGAGAAGGUUGUCCAGUACAAGCAGCAGUCCAGGCUAGAGGAAAAGAGAAAGAAGGCUUUGGAUCUUCAGCUGGACUUCAUAGUUGGACAGACAGAGAAAUACUCUGACCUCCUCAGUCAGUCCCUUGCACCCACCAGGCCCACCGAAACCGUCACCUCGCCUCCCAGAAAAUCUUUCCCAUCUACUAUUGAUGAGGAUGACAGAGACUUUGAACCAACAUGCGAGGAGGAGGAUGAUGAGGAGACCAUCGAGGUGGAGGAGCAGCAGGAAGGCAAUGACGCUGAGAGCCAUCGGAGAGAAAUUGAGCUGCUGAAGGAGGAGGGCAUGAUACCCCUGGACCAGCUGCUCAGCACUCUCAAACGCUCACAGGACUCUGGCUCAGACGAAGAGUGCUCUGAUGAGACCUCCUCCUCAGUGGAGGAGGAAGAUGGGGAAUUCACUGCCAAUGAAGAGGAUGCUGAGGAUGAGGAGGACACCAUUGCUGCACAGGAGAAGGUAGAGGGGAAUGUAGAUCACGCAGAGGAACUGGAUGACCUGGCCAGAGAAGGCGAUAUGAGCAUUGAGGAGCUGCUGGAGAAAUACAAAGGAGCGUAUGCUUCAGACUUUGAGGAGCCGUCUGCAUCUGCCUCCAAAGCAAGCUCCGAUUCUGAGGUGUCUGGGGAUGAGGAGGAGGAGACUGAGGAAGACGAGAGUGAUGUGGAAAGCAACACUUCCUCCUCAGAUUCACCAGAAGACAGUGAAGAAGAUGAUGACAGUGAGAAGGAUGAAGAGGAGAGUGAGGAGGAAGAAGAGGAUGUUGACUGUGGAGAUGAGGGGAUGGAGGCCUUGUUGAAGGAGGGAGACCACAGCCCACCUUCCUCCAGCUCACGGCCAAAGAAGGAGAUCAGCCAUAUUGCUGCUACUGCAGAGAGCCUGCAGCCUAAAGGCUACACUCUGGCCACUACCAAGGUCAAGACCCCCAUCCCCUUCCUGCUCCACGGCACAUUACGAGAGUACCAGCACAUCGGCCUGGACUGGCUCGUCACCAUGUAUGAAAAAAAGCUAAAUGGCAUUCUGGCUGAUGAGAUGGGUCUGGGCAAGACCAUCCAGACAAUCGCUCUGCUCGCUCAUCUAGCCUGUGAAAAAGGUAACUGGGGCCCGCACCUCAUCAUCGUCCCCACCAGUGUGAUGCUGAAUUGGGAGAUGGAGCUGAAGCGCUGGUGUCCUGGGUUUAAAAUCCUAACCUACUUUGGCAGCCAAAAGGAGAGGAAGCUAAAGAGACAGGGCUGGACCAAGCCUAAUGCUUUCCAUGUGUGCAUCACUUCAUACAAGUUGGUACUGCAGGAUCACCAAGCGUUCCGACGCAAAUCCUGGCGGUAUCUGAUCCUCGACGAAGCCCAGAACAUCAAGAACUUUAAGUCCCAGCGCUGGCAGAGUCUGCUCAACUUCAACAGCCACAGGCGGCUUCUGUUGACAGGAACCCCUCUGCAGAACAGCCUGAUGGAGCUGUGGUCCCUCAUGCAUUUCCUCAUGCCCCACGUCUUCCAGUCACACCGCGAGUUCAAGGAGUGGUUCUCAAAUCCACUGACAGGAAUGAUCGAGGGCAGUCAGGAAUACAAUGAGGGCUUGGUGAAGAGGCUCCACAAGGUACUCAGGCCCUUCCUGCUCAGAAGGAUCAAGGCCGAUGUGGAGAAACAGAUGCCCAAAAAAUAUGAGCAUGUGGUGCGCUGUCGCUUGUCCAAGAGACAGCGAUUCCUCUACGACGACUUCAUGGCUCAGGCCUCGACGCGGGAAACAUUGGCCAGCGGGCACUUCAUGUCUGUGAUCAACAUCCUGAUGCAGCUCCGCAAAGUGUGCAACCACCCAAACCUGUUCGACCCUCGGCCCAUCCAGUCACCCUUUAUCACCCAGCCCAUUGUUUUCCACACAGCCUCCCUGGUGCAGGACGCCCUGGAGGUCUCCCCUUUCAAGCGCUGUGACCUGUCCAUGUUUGAUCUGGUUGGUUUGGAGGGCAGUGUGUCUCGGUACCAGGCCGACAGCUUCCUGCCCCACCACAAGGUCAGCCGUCAACUGAUACAGGAGAUUAUGGACUUCCCUGAACCCCCUCCACGCCCUAAACCAGUCCGCAUGAAGGUCAACAGGAUGUUCCAGCCACCUCCCAAAGGUGACAGUCGACCAGUCCUGCUGAUGAACAAACCCACCUGCCCGGUGUCCCCUGCUGCUCAGACCCCCAAACCUCAACUGGUAACUGACACCCCCACAGCUCCUGCUCCUGCUCCCAUAGUUCAGCAAGUGGUGUGUUCAGUGACACCCACGCCCACUCCUCGCCCAUCAGUGCAUCCCACUGCUCAAACUGCAGUGAGGUCCAACGCUCCCAAGCCAGUUCUCACUGUACGGCCUCCUACUACUCCCUGCACACCCAGCGCACCGGCUCAUCCAAGUCCACCUGCCAGCAGCGUCAUGCCCCAGAGAGUGUUGCUCAGUCCAGACAUGCAGGCUCGGUUGCCCUCUGGAGAGGUAGUUAGCAUCGCCCAGCUCGCCUCCCUGGCAGGUCGACCUGUGUCAACAUGCCAGGGCAGUAAACCUGUCACCUUCCAGCUGCAGGGCAACAAGCUCACUCUGUCUGGAGCCCAGAUUCACCAGGUCCCAGUAGCUCCCCCACGCCCAGUUCAAGGUAAUGUGAUGCAUCUGGUGUCCAGCGGGGGGCAGCACCACCUGAUCAGCCAGCCUGCCCAGGUGGCUGUCCUCAGCGCAGCCAGCACACACCCUGCUAACACCUCCUCUCCAGCUCCCUCUGGGACUCAGCUGCCUCACUAUGCCUCCUCGCAAGCACCCGCAUCCAUGGUGAGCAGCCCUGGGAUUGUGAAGAUCGUUGUGCGCCAGUCAGCAGGCAAGGAGGGCGGGCCUGUGCCCACCCUGGCAGUGGCACCUUCCCCUCGUGUCGCCCCACAGGCAUCCCCUUCCCUGCACCAACACGCCAACACACCCCCUGUCAGAAACCCUGCUCCACUGCAAAAUCCCCAUCGCACCCCUGGUCCUGCCACUGCCCACUACACUAUAGCUCCACCCAGAAUCCCUAGCUCAACCCCAAGCCAGCCCCAGCCCCCUCGCCCUGUUCUGAAAGUAGUGCAGCCUCCACCAUCAAGCACAGAGCAGCCAGCUCCAGCUCGUGUGACUUCCUCUUCCUCUUCAUCAAAAUCGUCAGCACCACCACAUGAUGACACCUGUCAAACACUGCCGCCCAAGUCAGGGUCUGGCACAGGUGUGAAAGCAAGUCCUCGACCCAGGGUGCUACCUCGCCCACCUCCUCGCUCUCCUUUUCACAUGUCAUGGCUGGCAGACAGCAACAGGCAGCAGCGUGACAGCCGAAUGGACUUGAUCUUUCGAGUCAACGAGCGUCACUGUGGGGCAAAACCUGUCUAUGGCCAGGAGGUUCUCGACUUCCUGACUUUUCUCCCUAGUUCGUGCCCCUCUCCAGCCCCUCUGAGUGCCCAGGGAGAGUGGGGUCGCUCAGGCCACAGCAGCUGCUUGUUUGCCCAGUUCCAAAACACAGAUGAUUACUGGCUUCAGAGUCACAUCCUUGAAAAGGACAUCCACAGCAUUGAGGAGAGGUUGGAGCUGCUCAGUGACAUUAUAGACAGGUUUACGUUUGUAAUACCACCAGUGGAGGCUCCGCCCAUCUCCAUGCACUGCUGCCAUCCUCCUCCCUCUCUGAGCCACAAGCAGGCUGUCUUCUCCUCCAUGCUGUCAACUCAGCUCACUCCUCUCACGGGCAGCCUCCACCGUAUCCAGUGCAACAUGAGGACCCACUUCCCUGACCUGAGGCUCAUACAGUAUGAUUGUGGUAAGCUGCAGACCCUCCACACCCUGUUACGGAAGCUGAAAACAGGAGGCCACCGGGUGCUGAUCUUCACUCAGAUGACCCGAAUGCUGGAUGUGCUGGAGCAGUUCCUCAACUACCAUGGUCACAUCUACCUCCGGCUGGACGGCAGCACCCGUGUGGAGCAGAGACAGGCCCUCAUGGAGCGCUUCAACGCUGAUAGGCGUAUCUUCUGCUUCAUUUUGUCGACCCGCAGUGGAGGUGUUGGGGUGAAUCUGACUGGCGCCGACACCGUGGUGUUCUACGACAGUGACUGGAACCCCACCAUGGAUGCCCAGGCACAGGAUCGCUGCCACCGCAUUGGCCAGACCCGUGACGUCCACAUCUACAGGCUGAUCAGUGAGCGCACAGUGGAGGAGAACAUCCUUAAGAAAGCCAACCAGAAGAGGAUGCUGGGAGAUAUGGCUAUUGAAGGAGGAAACUUCACCACGGCCUUCUUUAAAGAGCAAACCAUCCGAGAGCUGUUUGAUGUGAACGAUGGGGAGAAGAGAGAGGUGGCAGUGGAGCUAUCAGUCCCCCAGGCUGAGGAGGAGGAGUCAGUCAACAAACAGAACACCACCAUCUUGGAGCAGGCCCUGUGUCGUGCAGAGGAUGAGGAGGAUAUAGUAGCAGCCUCUCAGGCCAAAGCAGAGCAGGUGGCAGAACUUGCAGAAUUCAAUGAGAACAUCCCGCUGGACGAUGGAGGGGAACAAGAAGAAGUAGAGGAGCUCUCAAAGGCUGAGCAGGAAAUAGCUGCUCUGGUGGAGCAGCUCACUCCCAUCGAGCGCUAUGCCAUGAACUUCCUGGAGGCCUCACUGGAAGAUGUGUGCAAGGAGGAGCUGAAGCAAGCUGAGGAGCAGGUGGAGGCUGCCAGGAAGGGCCUAGAUCAGGCCAAGGAAGAGGGCCUAAAACUUCAUGCGUCAUCUGAUGAUGAUGAUGAUGACUUCUUGUCACCACCAGCCUCAGUAGAGCCUGUUCAGCCAACUCCAGCCCGUCGUGGCCGUAAACCGAAGGACAGGAGUGUCACUUCUACAAGGACAAGUGGUCGGCUGCGUGGGGCAUCCCCCGAAACUGAGCCUGACCCUCCCACCCUCAGAGAAGUGCCUGAGAGACUCCGCUUUGGUCUGAGAGGACGAGGAGCCGCCAAAGACACUGCUGCAGUGUCUACCACUCCAUCCCGCACAGACCACCAUAAAACCUCCUCAUCAUCCAGGCUCCAAGAUUCCUCCAAAUCCUCAAAAGCAUCAUCUCCUGCCAGAGAUCAUCAGGCAGUCAAAACGAGGGCUCUGCCAAACCGCUCCCUCCCCAACCCAGUGCCUUCCACUGCACCGACCUCUCCCCCUGGGGGGAAACCACAGACUGCUGGAGAGACAGACAGCAGGCAUGCCUGGAGAGAGGAGAAGGAGGGAGAGAAUGAGAAGCAGAGAGAAGUUUCUGAGUGUUCACCAGAGUCCAACUGUCCAGUGGAUCAUCAGCUGUACUCUGCUCAGGCCAGAGAUGAUGACAGCAAAGAGCAGGGCUCUAUGUCUCCACCUUCGGCCUGCUCCCGCUCACCUCGCAAGCGCCAGUCAGCUGAUGGUGAAGUCCUGCGUGGGCUGGUUGAAGAUUCCCCAUCCGCCAAAGUGCUGCGGAAGCUCCCAGGGCGACUGGUCACGGUGGUGGAAGAGAAAGAGCCCAGGAGGAGAAGGAGGAGAGGCAGCGGCACUGGGGGCGGAGGUUCAUCAGAGGAGACUACAACAGAGGAGCACACGAGUCAUUUGGCCGACGAACCAAGCAGAGACCACACGCCACAGAGCCCUGACAACAAAACUAAAGGGACCCUUACCAAAUCUGCUCAGGACCAAGACUCUACCCCUAACCUCACUACACACCCUCAGCCUGUCAGAGGUUACCCCCCUUACUCCCCACCCCAUCUCUCUCCUGACAUGCCUGUACUGAGGAAUCUUCCUGUACGGCGCCGGCUGGAAACAGAGUCUCGCAUGGCUGCCCAGCUGGGAGAGCAACAGCAGCAUCUAGGUAGGGGCAGGGGUGGGAACCAACCCAGGAAAACAGACACACCUCCAGGCAAAGAUAGCACCUCCACAGAACCCAAUGUUAAUUCUGUCGUGGCACCAAUGAAAAGAAAAAGGGGCCGGCCCCCUAAGACUCCCCCUAGAGUACCUGAGCCUGAAUUAACGGUGUCCCCUCCCCCACAACCUACAUCACCAAGUGAGGAGGGAAGCCCUCCUCUCUCCCCAAAACGCAAGAGAGGUCGCCCCCGCAAAGACUCAAUGACUGCACCAGACACUGUUGGUGCAGGACAAAACUCUAACAAAAACCCUUCCACUACCACUAUUGAUGAAUCUGGCUCACUAUCAAAUACUGCUGCUAGCACAGAGCCAGGAAUUCUGUCUCCUCCCACUAAACCUGAGCCUCAACCCCCUACAGCUGCUGCUGUCAGCCUGAGUCAGGCCUUCCUGUCUACCAAAGCUGAGGAAUCAGGCAAUAAGACUGAGGCACCAGACCCAGAUUUAGCUUCUGCCACAAAUCCUGCCCUCACCUCCACAUCAAAAGUAAAUCAAGCUUUCACAUCAAGCUCAGCCCAAGUCUCUGUCCCUACUACAAGCCAAGCCCAAGUCUCUACACCCACUGCACCCACACCCCUGGUCCCUCACCCAUCAAGCAAUGCGAAAACAUCUGCCUCCAUGCUUCCAUCAGUGGUCUCCACAUCAACCCCAGCACAAGUCAUUAGUUCGGCUCCAGCUACAGUUCCAUGCCCAGCCACACCAUCAGCCCAAGUCUCCUUUGCACUUUCCAUCCCUCUUCCCAUUCCUGUCCCUGUCCCAAUCCCUGGUACACAAACUACUACAGCCCCAGCCCCUCCUACCACCACUGUCCCAACAGCCGUUCCAUCUCCAAAACCAACACUUACAGUCUCCACAGCUUCUAAACCUAUUGCUCCUGCUACAGUGAAAACAGCUGUUCCAGACCCUGUCAAAACUACCACAGUUGGCACAUCAGCUCCUACCACACCCUCCAAACCAUGUCCUGCACCAUCAUCUGUCACAACUGUUAAAACAGUUCCAAUGUCAGCCCCUUCUACAACAAUCACAACAGCUACUACCACGGUCGCAACAACGUUGAAUCUUACACCAGCAGCCACCUCAACAGUGAAAACAGUCUCAGUACCUAAAACUACUGUUGUAACAAACAUGCCAGCAGCUUCUGCUCUGCCCACCACAGCUGCUGCCCCAACCACCCCAACUGCCACCAUCUCAGCCACCAUAUCAAGCCCAACUACAUCUUGUGUUAAACCUGCAGCUUCAUCUCCCACUGCUGCAGCAACAAAUAUGACAGGAACUACAGCAACAAUGGUCAAAGCAGUUGAAUCAGCUCCAACAAGGUCUGGCACAGUCCCCACUUCAACCUCAGCCAAGUCGGUCACUGCUGCUACAUCAACACCAGUAAUAACAGUUGCAGCAAAUACAACAUCUGCAGUAAAUAAGGUUACAGCUUCUGCAGCUCAAGCAAGGACUAAUGUAACAGCUACUACAAUCUCUACCAAACUAGUCUCAACUUCAGCAACAGCAAAAACUAGUACAGUGGCAACACAACUCCCAGUAACGGCUGUCACAGUGGCCACAACAUCUUCAGCAAAGUCUCUUCCUCUUUCAACGUGCACUCCUGUUCCAGCCACAGUGACUACCAGUGUAACAGCCCAGGCAAAGACAGCCACAGUAACUACAUUGCUCCCAACAAAGGGAGUCAAAGGAACAACGCCUUCAUCCCCACCAAGGACUGUUGCAACACCUUAUGAACAACUCACAACUUGUACACCUGUCACAACAAUUGCAAAGACUGUCACGGUCACAUCCCCAGUAACAACUGCCACUGGUGCUGCUCCAGCUCCAGUUAGGACACUCACUGUAACUACAUCAGCCCCUAUCACAGUUGCUACUGUAGAUGUCGUCACAGAAACCACCCAAGCAUCCACUGCCACAGCCACUUCUGUAUCGGUGUCCACAGUAGCAACAACCACAGCUGCCGCAAACAAGAUAGUUCCUCUUGCAGCCACCACCCAAACCUCUGCUGUGAUAUCCUCUCCAUUACACAACUCGGCGUCCAGCAGUAUUUCCCCAAAGGUGUCCAUGCCCGCCCAGAAACAGGCCUUGCCCGUGGCCCCCACAUCUGCCCCUUCCAUUGUUUCAUCUGCUGUGACAGACAAGCAGUCUUUGAAGUCAGCACCAAAAGAGUCUGCACCAAACAGAGACUCAGAGAAUGUAACAGAUAUGGAAGUAGAUGCUGUGGAAGCUGAAGCAAGUAGUGGGAAAGAGGUGCACGACAAAAAGCAGGUCUGCAAGCCUCAGCCCAAAAAGAGAAAGGUAGAGAGUUCCUCAGAGGCCAAGGACUCUGUUGCUCCCCUUGCUCCGUCCAUCCCUGACACAAAGACCCCACUUGCUCCUCAGAAAGAAGAACCCAAGCAACAGGCGGUUGAGGAAAGUGUUGAAGAUGAGAAAGUUACCAUCCAGAAGAGGCCCCUUAGUCGCCAGAGCAGUCAGGAGUCUGCACGUUCCUCUUCACCAUCAUCUGGGUGCUCUACAUCUACCCUCACCCGUCAUGCUCACCACAAGAGAACCUAUGAGAAUAGGCAUCCUGCCAAGAGGAGACGAGUGGAUGUCACGUCUGAGGCAGGGAAGGAAGAGAAAGGGGAUGAGAAGGAUGGGGAGAAGAGAGAGGAAGGCAGUGAGAAAGAAGUCACGGGCACCUCUCGGAGGAGGCGUUCCAGGUCGUCAUCGUCCUCCUCUGAGUCUGACAACUGUGAGAGCAGGAAGGAGCGCCGGUUGACUCGCUCCGCCAAGCGUGGGCUACAGGAUCAGGAGAAGGACAGAGAGAACAACCGGCAAGGCAAGAGGCCUGCACGUAACUCCGACAGAAGUGCAUCAAACAAUGCAGCCACAUCCACAGGUGGAGAGUCUGGGAGCGAUACAUCUUCUGUUAGGGUCACGAGGAAGUCUGUGGGAUCUCAACCUGUACAGGACACUAAACCUCAGACAAACAGCGUUCCCUCUGUGCCUCCUGAGCCAGAGGUGCUUGGGAAGAGGUGCUCAGCACUCAAUGCAGCAGCCAAGCUCUUAGCCAUGAAAGGCAGGGUGGACACCCCUGGCCACACCACUAGGAAAGACUCAGGGGCUAAGACUGCCGGGACUUCCCCUGCCUCCUCUGUUGACAAGAACCAAAAACCUAAAAGCAAAAGUGUACCAGCCUCCCCUCAGAGCAACUCUGUAAACCUCAGUAACAACAAAGCCAGUGGCAGCAAAUCCUCCACACCCACCCAGUCUAGCCGCUCUGCUUCCCGCUCCACCAGACAGUGCCCUGGUUCCCUUGUCCCACCCCUGGAAAUGGAGUACAAGAGGUGUAAACCAGAGGAAAAGGAGAGGGGGAGUAAGAAGUCCUCAGAGGGAAAGGAAGGGGAGGGAGAGACGCAGUCAUCUCGGGGCCACAGUGCCUGCAGCAGUAUGAGUAGUGAUGGUGAGGGUGAUGGUGGCGGACGCAGCAGUAGAAGCAGAAGCAGCAGUAACAGCAGCCAACGAACCCCCAGCGUCAGCUCUCAGAACACGGAACCAAGAGAGUCCCACUCCAGAGCUGCCUCGUCUGGCAGCGAGCGUGAACAGGAUCGCAGCUCAGACCGUGCAAAGCGCAGAGACAAAAAGGAGGGCGAGAGCCAGACAAGGGAGAGCCGGAAGGACAGCAGGCGAUCUCAGAAGCUCUCGCAGGAAGUGAGCAGCAGCUCUGGGACAGAGGGGACACCAGACAGGGUGCUGCGCAGUGUCACGGCACUGGCUGCAGUGCAGGCCCGGUCGCCGGCAGCGAGCACUCGUUCCUCCUCCAGUCAGCACCGUCACAACAAGACAUGAUUGGAGGGCUAAAGGCAAAAAAUGGAAGAGAGAGUGUUGUAACCGAGCACUAUAGGAGAACAUGUAAUGACCUCCAUGGUUGCUGCUUUGUCUGCACUCUAAUGGAUGCAAUAGAACUGUUGAGUGCUGCACAAGCCAGGGACCCCCUGCCUCUUGGGCCCUCUCCCUUUCCAAUUGGAGCUGGUCCCUUUGCCAGCUCAGCCAUUGUCAGCUGGGGGAAGGCUCAGGGAAGGUGGACUAAAAGGGGGAAAAGGGUGGCGCCAUUGUAGUGCCAUGAAAGGUUAGUGGUGGUGAGUCCUGCAAGGGAGAGAUCAUACUGACAGUGGUUAUAUGCACCCCUGGGACUUGAGGGGGACAAAGGUGCAAGAGGUAAUAAAGGCAAGUUGUUGUUAGCUCACAUUAUGUACUGUAAUCAUUUAAAAAGACUGGAAAACUCAGAUCUUAUGUGUUAAAGAUGGGAUUAGAUCGCACCCUCUAUUAGGGUUAUAAAUUAAGUCAUUUGUGUGACAUUCAAAACAAUACUUUGAGUGACCAGUUGUAUUGUAAGUUGGAGGUUUUAGAAAGUUUGGUUUUGAAAAUUUUGUCAGCUGUUCUGACUAUUGUUUCUUUGUAGUCAGUUGAUAAGUUAUGCAUAUUUUAUUAUUUCUUCCAGGGUAUUAGGAAGAGAACAGAUCUGUCAAUGUGAUCUUUGCUGCACUAUGCUGGAGCUUGUCAUUUUGGGGGCCCCCUUGUAAUUUUUUUGUCCAUUGGACUCAUUUUAAAUCCAGCCUUGCAUAUUUCAUUUGCACAUCUGAUACAUGGCCCACCGCUUUGGAGUGCAUUGUGGUGUAGUAUUAAAUUUUACAUCAGUUUCAAUCAAUCAAUAGAUUCCUAUUGAGCUUGUAAACUGUCUUCAAGACAUUACAUCGUUUGCUUACUGACAACACAAACCUGGGAGCAGCAGAAUCUUAAUUUUGUUUUCUUAACCUUCCCAAAGCCAGUCAUUGUUUCGGUCCUCAUUGUCAUUUAUACUAAAAGGGCAGUGAACUAUUGUUGAAAAUAAGAGUGCCUGUUUGGCCAAGUGGGUGUGAACCUCAGAUUGCCUUGUGAAGCACCUGAAGCUGGGGUGUGGAACUCCUAUGUUAUUGACACAAAAAAGGAAACGACCCCAUGACAAAACAUCAAGGAAAGCACCCUGUGCGUCAGUGCUACCAAAUUGUUUUUGUUUUGUUUUGUUUUUUUCACAUGAAUUUUUGUCACCAUCACUUCAUUGCUCUUCUUUCAUGUAAAGUACUUGGACAAAAUAUGUGAAUAAAAAUACUGGUACAGUUCCAGAUGACUCUGUAAAUUGUUGAUUUACUUUUGGAUUUGUCAAAGCUAUUUUGAGCAGGGUGAUAUUUGAGGGGAUGGAUAGUGUAUGGUGAUGGUCUUUUUUAUUUGUCUCUUUUCAUUUGUUACAUUCCUUUGUUCCCUUGUAAUUCCACAUCGUUUUACUUGAAAAAUUAAGACAAAAUGACAGUUGAAUAAAAAGACCAAAAAUGA